UCAAAGAUGUAUGUAUUUCACUCUUUCUGGCUCUAAAACAGAUGAAUGGAGCCACAAAUUAAAGAAGAUUUGGAGAUAAGUACACCUUAGCUUUGCGUUUCUAGUUAUGGUGUCAGGAGGAAAGAGGAGGAGGGUCUUCUUGCUUGUAAUCCAAAAAUUUCUUCUACCAAUUGUGUUGUGCGUAACAAGUAGGUGCUGCAAAGCCCAGCAAAUGAAUGAUCAGAACUGCACUUCGUCUUGCGGGAAUAUCCGUGACAUACACUACCCUUUCCGGCUGGAAGGCGAUCCCCAGCACUGUGGUCUUCGCGACUACCAACUUGCCUGCAACAACAAUCGCACCAUACUAUACCUUAAAACUCAUCCUCAUGCAGAGUACGACUACAAAUACAACUACUCCUUCUACGUGGAGGCAAUCACUUAUGACAACUUCUCCAUUCGACUUGUUGAUCCCGGUCUAGACAAGGAUAAUUGCUCUUCUCUUCCACUUUAUUCUCCGCAAGGUGGUUCUUUUUUGAGAUUCUAUCCGUCACGGAGAGCCACUCCUUUUUUUUCAGAUUCAUAUUAUUAUGAUGUUGCUGUAUUCAUAAGCUGCCAAAGUCCUGUAAUUAGGAGUGGAUAUGUGGACACUGGCUUUUGUGAUAAAAGAAACACUAAUUCCACCUCCAACUCUACUUCACCAUCUCCAUUGAAAAAUCAUAAUUAUGUUGUAGCCGGAGGUAUGGUUAUCUCAGAACUGGAGGACUCCUGCAGCAUCAGCAAUCUGGUUUGGACAACAGCAAAUAUUUUACGGCUCCUGACGGGAGUCAACAAUUCUUUUUCGGACUUAUAUGACGGGCUCGCAUAUGGGUUUGAGCUUAGAUGGUACGGCGUCUAUUGUGGACAUUGUGAAGCAAGAGGCGGCGAAUGCUAUCCCAGAGAAAAAAAUAGAAUCUAUUGCGACUACUGCUCUUACUUAACUUUUGCUCUUGACACCCGUAUAUUCCAUUGUGAGUGA